AACAAAUGUGCCUAAGAAUAUACUUGCUACUUCUUCUUUUGGCGGUAAAUUAGUUAUUAUUUCUGUUGCUAUUAUUACAAUUAUCGUAAUCACAUUAAUUAAUUUUCACAAAUUUCAUCUUGUUCCCAUGUCUGAAAUUUUAAAGAUCUUGGUAGAUCGUGUAUAUAGUAUAAUUAUUAUUAUCAGUGAAGAAGCAGGAUUUCAACUUGCAAUUAAUGAUGUGAUUAAAAAGGUUUUCUGUGAAGAAUCAAUUAUUGGAACAUACACUAAUCUAUUUCAUCCUGCCUUUUACCCAAAAAAUUAUAAGAUAUAUAAACAAACCGCUAUGGAAAUCAAUGCAGAUUUAUUUUUUUGUGAUAUUGGUAUGAACUUUGCAUGUUUUGAUUUUGCAUGGGAAUUAAAAAAGCCUGUUGUUGGGUUCGCUUCUACUUUACUCCUUACAAUCACUCCACCACCAUAUAAGUCGGAUCCUACUUAUGGAUGUCAUGUGAAUAUGGAAAAUGAAUCUUUUUAUAAAAGAUUUAAUUGCGCUAUUGUAAAACCUUUGCAAUUUAUUUGGACUUUUAUUAAAAUUGGAAAUCAGUUAAAUACUCAAAGAGCAAAAUUAGGUGUCGAAACUUAUUGGAACCUAUGGGCACGAAUGGAUAAUGUUUUAUUAUUAGUUAAUACUUUCCUUGGAUUUGAGCAUUGCUGUCAUUUUAAAUCUUGUCUUCAACUGAUUAAUCAAAAUAUUAUUGAUGGUGUUGUAUGGACUACCUUAAGAACAAAUGUCACUGAAUUAAUGUCUCAAUUUGAUGUUGAUUUUCCUAUAUCGGAUAUUUUAAAUAAUAAUUAUCCUCAUAUUCAUAUCACAAAAAUUGCCCCUCAAUUCGCAAUAUUAUCUCAUGAAAACACUAAAGUGUUUUUAAGUCAUGGUGGUGCUUCUAGUAGUCAUGAAUCAAUUUAUACUGCAACUCCAAUGCUAAUACUUCCAAUAAUAGGUGAUCAAUUUGGAAAUGCUGAAAAAUUAGAAUUGACUGGUAUGGCGUUAAAACUUUCAAAGUUUAAUUUAACUGUUGAUGACAUAGUAUUAAAAAUUAAAAGGUUAUUAAGUGAAGAAAGCUUUACG